AUGCCGCUUCGAAGAAGAGAUCCUGCAUCCGCUACGGCUCUGAGAACGAUUCGUGAGGCCUUUGAAGAUCUAGAAAAGACAGUGUCACCAGCAGAUUCAAAAGAUUUUGAAGUUACUACUCUUGAAAAUGUGCAAAAGGCGGCUCUUGAGAUCGAAAACCAACUUGCAGCACGGCAGUCUUUGCGCAACAUGCGACGUCUCGUCCCCCUGUUCUCCAGCUUGGGUUACUACGCACAGACUAUCGAGGUUCUCUGUAACGGCACUCCGUAUCUCCCAUGGAUAUGGGCUCCUAUAAAGAUAAUUCUCAAGAUCUCUUCGGACUACGUAGAGGCUUUUGAGCAGAUUGUUAAGGCAUAUUCCCGCAUCGCAGAAUCGUUGACGAGAUUCAAAGUUCUCGGCGAGACCUUCCGUCAGAACACGGGAUUCCAGCAAACCCUUGCCGUCUUUUACGCCGACAUACUUCGCUUUCACACGGAAGCGUAUAAGCUCGUGCGACGCAGUAGUUGGCGAGUUCUCUUUCUAACAUCCUGGGGUCGAUUCCAACGAAAAUUCGACAAUAUUUUAGAAGACUUAGCAAGACAUGAGCAGCAGAUUGACAAGGAAGCUAAUGCCCAUGACAUUGCUGAGGCAAAAGAUAUGAGAAGAGCCUUGGAGGAAUGGAGACAAGAAAGCCUUGCAACAGUUCAAAAAGCCGAAGAAGAGCAAACUGCCCGCCAACUUGAAGCAAUUCAAUCUCGACUGAAGGAUCAAACCAUCCAGGGACAUGUUCGUGGGUAUCGGAUAAUCCAGAUUUAUCGAACUGGCUUCGGGCCGACCAAUCAGAUACAACUUGCAUUUGGCUCCAAGGGAAUCCCGGUACCGUCUUUUGUGGCAUGUCAUUUUUGCACGUAUUCGUACACCUCUUCUACCCAAUACGAUGAACUUCUCAAGUCACUACUUCUACAACUGGUCCGUGCCAGUAGUGACCUGGCUGCUCAUAUAUAUGAGGUGUACGUGAUUGGACGAAAGUCAAUCAGCCUGAGUGUCCUGGAGCAACUGAUGCAGACGGCUAUCACGUUGUUAGCAGAAGAUCUUGGACGAAAGCAGAGCAUUCAUAUGAUUAUCGACGGCCUGGAUGAAAUGGAAGCUGACAAACAGAAACGACUUGUCAAUUUAAUGAAUGGCAUUCUGAAGUUGCAGUCAUUAGACCGUGCGACUUUCAAAAUUCUUUUUUCCUCCCGUCGCUUACAAUCCUUAGAGAACGGACUUCGAAAGAAACCGGUAGUCAUGUUGGGUGAUGAGAAGGACAAUCUUGAACAUGCAAUCUGCACAUAUGCUGAACAGCGAUUGAAAGCUCAGUCUCAACGUUUUUCGCAACUUGGGCUGAGCGAUCUUGAUUUCAUAGAUAUCGGGAAAAGCAUCGCUAAGAAGGCAGAUGGUAUGUUCCUCUGGGCUCGGCUGGUUCUGGACUAUAUUACACAGAACAUUUUCUACAGCAGUCAAGAGUUAUGGGACGCUAUUCAUACGUUACCGCGCAAGUUAGCUGAAUUUUACGAAAGAGUCAUGGUCCAAAUUAUAUCCAAAUUCGACAGUCGGUCAAUUGAGCGCAUGCGAAGCAUAUUUGGCUGGAUAGCGUUCACAGAACGUCCGCUUCGAAAAUUCGAAUUACGAUCAGCAUUAUCAUUUGGUACUGGCAACCCUUUGAACGACGAACCAGUUCCCUUGUACGUCUUUGACAUGGGCAUGCCUCUCAUUGAGGAACGAUCCGACUCAACUCUGACGUUUAUUCACGUGUCUGUAAAGGAUUAUCUUCAAAUGCCCGGAAGCACAUUGCUGAUUGACCGAGUGAAAGAGGUUUAUGAACACGCUAUCGCGUCGGUGACCUGCCUUUUGUCCGGAUUGGAAGUUUUCAAUGUUGGAUAUUCUAAUCAGGAUCGUAUCAUGAGAGUUCUGAAAGGAUUGCACGGAUUUCAUGUCUAUGCCAAUCAAUACUGGGUUGACUAUAUUCUGGAAAUAUUGUCCUUAAACUCCGAACAACAUAAUUUACAAAGCGGUCUCACUACGAUACUCCGGGACCUUUCUAAUGCAUUAGAAUCGUCGGGAAGACUAUUGCAAAGUUCAAAGAAAGCAGAAGAAUUGGCAGUCUCAGACAGCCGCCUUGUCCUCCUCAAACAAUAUCCGGGACUUUACAAAAACGCCCAAAUCACAUUACAAGCGCGAAGCCAGACAAUGCUCGGUGAUGUAUCUCGAAAAGAAGAUUCUCCCUGCGUCACCAUGUUUCCGAUCCGUGGACUUAAAGAUGCAUUUACCAAUUAUCAGAAAACCGUCCAGUCUAUUCUUUCUCUAUCUGAUUUCCCCGGAAUAUCCAAGGAGGACCUGGAGUACUUUCAGCAAGAGUAUCGCACAACCAUUUUCACCUGUCGCCUACCUUCUUGCCCUCGGGCCACUGCCGGCUUUAGAAGCGAGAUAUUAUUGCGAGAACACGAAGCCAUGCAUACUAUAAGUUUAAAGUGCCCUUUUCCAGGGUGUCAAUAUCCGCGUUUUGCUUCGGCACGAGCUUUAAAAAGCCAUGAAAUGAAGAGUCAUUUUCCCACGCGAGGUAGAAAGCAAAUUCGCAAGGUUAAUCUCAUGGAAAACAUCAAGUCGAAAUUUCAUGCAAAUUCUGGUUUACCUAAGUCCGAUGUCAGUUCUGAGAAGAGGAGUGUAAUGGUCGAAGAAGGCAUGCAUAAAAAUACAGUACUUCCACACCCACCGGACCGUGAAACCUUUCUAGAGCAUUUCUCAAGACUUGACAAUCUCAUGGGCCCAGAAGGUUUUGACUUUCAUCCAGUUUUCGCGGAUUCCAAUUAUGACACUUACGAUGACCUCGAUUCAUCCGCCCUCGUUGACUUCCGCUUGAUGCCCCAGGCACAAGGGAAGAAUCUGGCCACCUAUUUGCCCACUUUUUCACCACAGAUGCAGGCUGCACAUGCAUCCGAAGGUGGACCUGGUGUGAAUUCUGAAAAACAAGAAUCAAAUUUUGUUCCUGAGAAGAGGAAAGAGACUAUUGAAGAACGUAACAAUAAUAUCACAACAUAUCCACUAUACACAACGGAAUAUUCUGGUAUCUUGGAGCCUUUCGACCCCUCAAAGAUGCAGGACUCUGACGUUGAUGUACUUUUCAAGGACGCGCACGAGCUUGAGUCUGACUUUGACCGGCUUCCCGACAUAAAUGCGGCCGUCUUCAAUAUAUUCUCCAAGAAUUUAUCUCCAAGCAAUGCAGGCGCAUUGAAGACGUUGGUGUAG